UCAUGGCCUACGUUCAGCCUUCGUUCCAUCGCACAUGAAACACGUAGACGAUGAGAGCUCUGGGCCUGAUCGCUGCACUGUUUUCUUCCUGCUUAGCGGUGUCGACCGUCAAACGCUAUCCUCUGAAACCAUGCUCAGGGUCUGCAACGGCCAUGAUUGAGAACGUAGCGGCCAAAAGCGAGAUGGACCGAGGACAGGCAGUGCUUUCCUUCGACGUCAUUGUGAGGGGACAUUUGGAGGAUCCUGAACUUCGCGUAACUGUGGCUGGCGAGGCAUUGGAAUACCCUCGACCGGGCUACAAAAUGUGUGCGCUGGUGAGACGCGAUCCAAAGGGCCCACCCACCAAUCCGUGCGAAUUCAGACCAAGUGUCUAUCAUGCACAGAUGAACGUUUUCGGUUACCAAGCAUUCUACUUGACAACAGAGGGUGGGAAGAGCAACCUACGAAUUGAAUUCAUCAACGGCGGAAAAGUGGUGGGAUGUUACUCGAGUGUGCCAUGACAGUUCGCGGUAACCGACAACUCUCUGAACAACUGUACGAACAAAGGAUACAAAUCUCUCAGCAAAUAUCUGGCACUGUACGACGUGGGAUGCUCACAAUGUCAAAGCCUCCACGGGAAAUUAUCGUCUUUCACUACACUCGGCGUCAAGUGCAGCCCUCUAUAUCUGGUCACAAGUUGUUGCCAUGGAAGAAAAAAAAAGACGGGUACCCAAAAAAAGUUUUUU